AGAAUGAGAGAGAGGGUGAGAGAUAGAAGAAGAAAGACAGAGUAAGGGAACAGAGACAGUAAGCAUUAUAGACACUAUCUAGUAGUCAAAAUGCAAGUUUUGACUGCUAGCAGUCAACACAAACUACUACUGCUGCUGCCGCCAUUUCUUGAGUGUGUUAGUAGGAGAGAUGAUGGGCAGAACAGCAGUGAGUGUGGAGGGGGAGAACUACACUUACACACAGACACACACUCACGUACGCUUACACAGAUAAACAGUCACCUAACUGGGGGAAGGAAUGGAGAAGGCAGAGGAGUGAGAGAAUCAAAGAGAAAGAAGAGUGGAGGGAAGCCAGAGUGGGGGAGGCUGCUGACUGCACAUGAAGAGCAAACACAACACUACUUGAUUAUUCUUCUUCAGUAGCACAUAAUAACAUUACCUGUGAAAGGUAAAAACAGGUGAGAGGAGAAAAACAAAAAACAAUGUUGGGUCCAAAGAAGAAGAAGAAAAAGGUGGAAACUAUAUUCCGUACCGAUAUUAUUUAUUGGUGAUGAUAAGUAUUAAAAUAAAGGUGGAAAGAAAAGUGUGAAAAAAUAUUUGUUUUUAUCUAUUUUUCACUAGUUUACAACUAUCCACCCACACAGACAUUCCAAAUCAGUCAACUUUUGGAUUACAAGACAUCAUCACUGCAUUGGCAAGAAUGGAUAUUACACUUGUCAAAGAAUCGACAUUUAACGAUAGAGGAAGCACAGAUGAAGAAAAAGAAAAAACAAGACCAAGAAAACAAAAACAAUAUAAUAGUGCCUCAGAAAAAAUGUGCUUCAAUAAAUAAAAGAAAGACAAUAAUUUUUAAAAAAUUGACAAACAAAACGAAAGAAUGUUAAGAAUGGAUUACAAAGUAUUUUCCAAACACUUUCCAUGUUGGAUUAAUAUUUUACUAUUGUGUUAUAAUACACUAUGUUCAGCUGUACAUUAUCAAGAAACGACAACAGCAAUGAACUCCAAAUCGUUGUCAGUGCAAUAUAAUAAAAUUCCAAUUACUACAGAAGGCUUUCCAAAUAGAAUCAAGAAUGUUCAACAUUUCAGGGUAAUGGAAACAGCAAGUUAUCAUUUACCAGCACUUAAAGAUAAACAGCUGGCACUUAAUGACCUCCCAAAUUUGAUAGCUGCAAGCACAGAAACACCUUUACAUUCUAAAAAAUACCACCAGCACAACAACAACAACUAUCAAUGGGCUUAUAGUAAACAUAAAGAACGGAAGAAUUAUAGUCCACAUCUAAAUCUGUCACUUCGAGACAUGAAGACUAAACAAGAUUCGAGAUUUUCUAGUAAGUGGCGCCAGAUAAGUGCUCUUGGAAUACAUUCUAGUUCUGUAAAAACUCCAGAGUUGAGUAAGAUUUCACCUGAAAAUGUUAUGGUUUCAGGCCAACCUCCACUUAAGAGCUCGUCUUUUGAUCAACAGAACCCAGUGACUAGUCAGGAUGAUUUCAAUGUAAAAAGAAAGCAUCCAGUUCUAACAUCUUUACACUCAGUUACGACAACAAACAAAAUGUCUAUAGCUGAUAAUACGAUACAAUCAUCAACAUUGCAACAAACAGUUUCAGAAAGUAUGUUGAGAACAGGUUCACAACAUAAACCUGAUAGGGUAAUACUUCUGUUAACACCUACACCUGUACUUAGUACCUUGACAACGCUUAUUAAUGAAACUCAGUUUGAAAACUAUUCAACAACUGAGGAGAUGCCUCUCAAAGAGGCAAAUUCCAGUGACAUCCCAGAAUAUUUAGCUCAGCCACCAUUCCUUUUAAAUAUAAAAGACAAAAGCAGUUCGAAAGGUUCUCAAAGUAAAGAAAGACCCCUGUCAACAAGUGAAGAAGAUUUUGAUCCAAACUUACCCCCACUUGCACAACCAGCACCAAGCACCCAUACACGGUAUGGGUCAUCGAGAAGAAAAUAUGAUAGUAAAAACUUACCCUAUACAAACCCACCAAAAUAUGGUACACAACGACCACCAAGGAAUAUAUUAUCCUUAGAUGUUAAUUCCCAUCAUCAGCAAAAGGGAAUAAAACCUACUCUGAUGCCUUCAAGAAGUGGUCUGCUUCAUCUAACAGAAGAUUCAGAAACCACCAAAAGCCAUAAACCCUUAGUUACAAACAAAAUCAAAGAUUUUACUAAAAAGGGUUUAAACGGGAAAAUAUUGGCUGCAGUGACAACAGAAUUUCUGAGGCCCUCAGAAAUGAUACCAGAUAUACUUAUUGUGCCAACUAAUUCCCAACACACACACCCAACACCAACUAAACAUGGAUUUCUCAAACCUGUCCUUUCUACUCCUACUUCAGCAACUGCAGCAUUAUCUUUAACAACAAAAAAUAAGCAUCUUAUUCUAAGUGCCACUGCAACUCUGGACCCUUCUAAAAUGACACACCUGUGCACAAAACCUUGUUCUGAUGAUGCCAACUGCAAAUGCUGCUCAGAUAAGGAGUUGGUUUCAGUUGAAUCAACAGAGCAAGUCAUCCCUAAAGAACCAACAGACAAUGUUACACCCCAAACUGAUGUGUCAACACAAAAAAACCCUUCCAAAACGUUGACACUCAGUGCUGGUUUUGGUAUUGGAAUGGGCUGCUUAAUUGCCAUCUGGCUUAUUGUCGGCCCAGUGGUGUGUCUUAUCUGUCACAUAAAAGACAAAGCAAAGAAAGAAGAAGAGAUGGAUAAGAAAUAUCAAUCAGUCUCACCAAUGCAAGAGAACAGUAUUGCUGAAGCUCUUGUCAUGGAUGAGCUGAACAAACAAUUUUCAAAGAUGAAAACCAAUAGGGAAAACGAAUAUUUGUGGCUUGCUAGAGACAAGUUAGAGUUAGUUAGCCUUUCAAAUGCAGAUUCUUCAACACAAACAACAAACCAAUAUUUAACAUCUCCCACAUACACAUCUGCUUUGUCAUAUAGUUCUAAGAAAUGGUUGGAUAGUGAUGAUGAAGAUGAUGAUGAUUAUGAUGAUGAUGAUGAUAGUGAAGAUGAAAAGAAAGAUAAGCUUAAAUAUGUACCAACAGUUAGUGUCUGAACAAAAAAAAUAUUAAUAAAAUAUCUACCAGCAAAGAAAAUACCCCCACCCCCUAAUCUCCAAUCUUUAUUUUCUUUCUCUUCUUUUUUUUUCAUGGGAAAAAUCAAUCAUAGUUGUUUGUAGACUGCAGACAAAUAAAUGAUUAUUCAAAAAUAAUAUACACAGGAGGAGACAAACAACUGAUAUGAAGAAUAAAUUUUGUUUCAAAGAAACCAAUAACAGAUAGGAAAACAACAAGUAUAAGAAUUUCUAAGAUUUCUAAGAAUUUCAUCAAGAAUCGGGGAAAAUCUGAAAACAGUUGCAAAAAUGGGUUUAGUUUUAAUCAUUCUAAGCAGCAGGUAUAUAUACCAAUAAAGAACACUUAUAGAGCACAGAGAAUGAAUCUAAAUGGAAGAGAACAAAGACAUCAAGAAACUGUAUGCAAUUGUUGGAGAAGAAGAGAAUUACUUGGAAGUUCUUCCAUUUGAACUCACUCUCUCUGAGAAUGACAGUUAAAAUUAUGUAACAUUAAAAAUAAAUAAAACAAAAAGAAAAAGAGUCAGUAAGGUUUAGCCUGUAUGUUAAAAAAAAAUGUUUGUUUUAAUUCCAAACAUAUUUAUUUUAUCUACAUACAUAUACUUACAUCUACUGUGUUAUAGUCAAAUAUUGUUAUGCGCACACACAUACACACACACCUGUGUUUAUAUAAAAAAAAAUCCAAGUGUACACACAUUCCUGUACUACCUGUGUGUGUAUAAAAUGGUCUACACACACUAGUGAUAUCUGCACUGUGUAUAAAAUACAGUAUAUACUAACACACAUAUCUCUUAUGUGUACAAAUAUACAUAUGUACAUUUACACACUGCUUUACCUGAUGUGUGUAUUCACAGACACACACACCUCUCUAUAUCCAAACACAUACACAACAACAACAGCAAUACAACACAGCUCACACAAUGCUGGCAUUUAAUUCUAUGAAAUUGUGUUCAAAAAAUGAAAUGAAAAAAACAAAGAAAAAUAACCCCAAAAACCCCCCAAAAAUGUGUUGUGCCAAUACAGAAGAGAAAUACAAUUAUAUUUGUAUGACAGAGGUUCAAAUUACUUCCAUAGCACAACUGUUCCCACAUGAAAUUGUUGCUAAUCACAGAGACACAGUAGCAGUAGUGAGACUGAAGGUGAUAAGCAGUGCGAAGUCAAGAAUUCUAGCAGAGUUGGUAACAGACACCUACCAACUCUAACUACUAUGAAUAUCUAAUCAACAAAGAAAUUUGAAUAUACAUGCAAUUCAAUAUGUCACAAAAACGUAUUGAUUAUUAUUUUAUUUUUUUCCGGAAGACCACAAAUUCCAGGAUGUGAUCCUGCAUAUAUUUAUACCAUACUCAUACUGAUCUUUCAAAAAAAAAGAAAAAAAAGAAAAAACGAAAAAGAAAAAAACAAACAAAAAAAAAACAAUAACAAUAACAAAAAAAAAAAAAA